AUGAGGUCGCCAGAGAAGCACACCUUUGCGCGAUUUGCACUGAUCUCCGUCGUCGCGUUCGCUGUUACCCUUCUCAUUGCCGUUCCGCUGUCCGAGGCGAAGCGCAGCGAUGAGGCUGAUGACCCAUCCCGCGCAAUGGGAGGCGUCGAGGACGUUAACUCGGAGAAUUACUACGAUAUUGUGGGCCACGACCAGUUUGUGCUGCUUGAGUUCUACGCGGUGUGGUGCGGCCACUGUCGCAAGUUCUCUCCCAUCUACGAGGAGUUCGGCAAAUACAUUCGUAUUCGCCCUGAGCUGCAGGGGAGAGUUGUGGUGGGGAAGGUCAACGCGCCGACGGAGCCGCGCAUCUGCCGACGGUACAGGAUCAGUGGCUACCCGACGGUCAUUCUGGUGCCACCCAACAGGCACGUCGGCGUUGAGUUCACCGACAAUCGGAACUUCAAUGGGCUUCUGGACUUUGUGGAGCGUGAGAUGGCGAAGAAGGAGUACGCCAUUAUCGAAUAA